GCCAAUAUGGCAUGAGCGUGACAAGUCAGCGGGCCUAAAAUGUAAACAAUAUGACAUGUAAAUCGUAUCAGCGAACACGUAACAGACGGGUAACGGAGACAUGUACACGUUGCUGCACGGUCUGUAUAAGUACCUGGUGCAAAAGGACGAGUACUUCAUAUUGAUCCUGGGCCUCGACAAUGCGGGGAAAACGACUUACCUGGAGGCGGCAAAAACGAAGUUCACGAAGAAUUACAAGGGUAUGAAUCCAAGCAAGAUUACAACCACCGUGGGUUUGAACAUCGGCAAGAUCGACAUCGCCGGGGUGUCCUUUAACUUCUGGGAUCUUGGCGGCCAGGAGGAGCUUCAAUCCUUGUGGGACAAAUAUUAUGCGGAAUCUCACGCUGUGAUUUACAUCGUCGAUUCGUCCGACCGUGAUAGAAUACCAGAUUCCAAAGAAACUUUUGAUAAGGUGAUAUCAUCUGAACAUCUAACUGGUGUACCAUUAUUGGUGUUGGCAAAUAAACAGGACGUACCUGACUGUAUGGGUGUCAGAGAAGUGAAACCAAUAUUCAAUCAAAGUGCACACUUAAUCGGCAGAAGGGAUUGCAUGGUAAUGCCUGUUUCAGCCCUUAAUGGAGAUGGAGUGGACGAGGGCAUACACUGGCUAGUGGAUUGCGUCAAGAGAAACAGUGAUAUACGGCCGCCUCGCAAUCAGGAUGACAAUUCCUUAUCUUAACUGUGACACAUUCCUACUUUUUGCAUGUCCUACGCGCUUGAACCUGUGAGAAAGCAAUAGUCAGUCGUGCAAUGACACUUGUCUCGAGCGAAACUUGUGGCUUUCGAUGACUCAAACAACAAAUGCAUUAUCUUAUCGCGUGACAGACGGAAGUAAAAAUCUUUCUUGAUUUCGGGAGUAUCGGCGGUAAUUUUGAUGAGUCGAAAUCACGAGAUCUCCACAACUGAAAAUUAAGGAUGUCUUACGUCUCAAAAGUUUGACUGUUAAAAAAAAAUUUUUUUUUUCUUAUGUAUAAAAAUAUUUUUUACAAUCUCAACUUGUUCCUGGACGAGAAAAGAGAUAAGCAAUUGUUUGUUUAGCAUUCAUAAAUUAUAUGAUGCAUCACUGUCAUCACUUCGUGUUAGUUCUGUUUCUAUAUUAAAAUAUCUUUAAGAAAUUAUUUCUUUGUAAAAGAUUACUACAAUUUAAAAAGGAAUUAUCAUCUUCAAAUUGUUUAAUUAAUUAAAAUUUGAAAGAAAUAAAAAGUAGACGUUUUUUUAUGACUAACAAAAACGAACCUAUACUUUUAAUAAAAGUAAAAAAAAGAUAAAUCUUUUGAUUAAAUUUUUUAAUUUCACAAAUUGUAUAAUAGAACAGGUGUCAUUUUUAUCAUAUAUAAUUUAAUACGUGACUUAUAUAGAAAUUCAGAGGAGUGGAAUAAUAAGAAAAAAGCAGAUUCGGCGUGGAGAAGGAAAUUUUCCAAAGAAUUUAAUUGUAAAUUCGAAAAAAUUAAAUUUAAAUAUUUGAUGAAGAUUUGAUCUUUACUUAUAACUUAAUGUCCAAUUUUUUCGUUUCACGACUCUUUUGUAAUCAAAUAAAAAUUUGAAGAUGUUAAUUCUUUUUUAAGGAUAUAUAUGUGUCACAUAGCAUUAUCAAAUGUAUAAAAAAUUUCAUAUAGUGUUCUAUUAUUAAAUGUAAAAUUCAUAA